UUUAAGUACAAAAUUGAAGGAUUCGAUUAAAAGCAAAAAUUGUUUUCUGGUGAUAUUGGACAAAUAGAAAGGAAAGAAGUAUGUUGAGUAACAAUAGUGCACUAUGUCAAUAUCAAUAUAGAGAUUCGGUGGAAUAUACUAACAGCAUUUUUUUAAUUUCAUGUUAUAUGUUUAACGCUGUAUUUACAGUCGCAACAAAUGGUUUCUUGAUUUCAGGCUUGCAUUUUACAACCCAAAAAAAAAAGUACACUCGAAACGAGAAGCUUGUUAUUGUACUAUCUAUAACAGAUAUAUUAAAUGUUCUGAUAGUUGCGUCAUCUCAGACUAUAUUACUCAAACAGAUUGAUAAUAUUGGUUGCUUAGAGAUAUCUAUUAUAAUAUUUUUUCGAGUUUGGUUGUUAGGCUUAUCAAGCUCAAUUUUUAUAAUAAUUUCUUGUGAGCGUUAUGUUACUGUAUUUUAUAAUAACAAGAUAUGUGGAGUUAUAAUUAAAGAUUCCUAUUUAUUUGGAUACCUUUCAUUUGUUAUUAUUUUAACGUUUAAUACUGCUGUUUUGUACAGUGUAGUGAAUGUUAAAUCAAGCUUGCAUCUACAGUAUAUACUAUUUAUUGGGACUGGUUUUGUAACGCUGGCUUCACUUUUUAUGAUUGUUUUUACUAAUCUUAUAAUGCUUAUUCAAACAAACAAAAAAUUAAAAAGUAGUUCUAUUCGAGCUCAGAAAAACACUGAAAUAAAAAACUAUAUAACAAAAACCGUAGUAAUAAUAUCACUUACACAUGUUGUGUUUUACGCACCAUGCUUGGUAGCGCAGUAUUAUUUGUCAUUUGUUUUCUCAAAAAAUUUUGUUUCUCUGAUACCUGCAGCGCAUCGGGUAUUUAUGUGGACCAUAGCUGUUAGAGAGAUUAGUCCCUGGAUUAACGCAUUGACUUAUACAUUUAGAAACAGAAAAGUUUCCAAAUUAUUCGGUUUCAAAAUAAAUUCAUUAUUUUCAAAUAACAACCUUAAAGUAAGACCAGCCCAAGAAUCUACAUCUGAUAGCAGGUCAACGUCUGUACUGUAAAAAAACUUUAAAAACUUUUUUUUUUACUCUACUAGUUAAAUUUUACAUUACUUGAAUUUAUUUUAAAAAUUAUUAGUGAA